AUGUCAGUUCGUGACAAAUACAGAUCAACUGUUAAUGAACUGCAACGUGCGGAAAGUAUCCCGGAGAAAAUUUCAGUGUUUCGAAAGGCAUGGGCAUGGAUUAUAAUCGCUUCUCAAAACGUGGUCGCCAAAUUCGGUUUCGUCCUCGUCCCGCUAUACCUCAUUAUCGUAUCAAUAUGGAGUUUUGGAACGUGUAAGGAUAUUCCGGCGAUUCUAUUCAUGCUUGGAAUCGGCGUCUUCUUUUGUACACUCUACCCGCCGUUCUACGCAUAUGGAAAAAAGAAGGCGCUUGAAGACCGUCAAGAGCGUAUCAACCACCAUCUGGAACCCAUCCACGAUGGAGAAGUCGAGCCGGAAGAAGUCAACAAAUUCAUUCCAUGCCGAAUGCAUCGCAUCUGUAAUUUCGCCUUCACUUUUGUUCUGGCCAUGGCACCAAUCCUAACCUACUGGACGUUCAAAAUGUUCUCAAAGCAUGAUGAAUGCUAUGGUCUCACUUAUUGGACUGCUUUCAUAGAAAUGCCUGAACAACAGAGAAUGCGAGACGUAAGAAAUGAGUAUGAUGCAGCGGUGAGAAAAGUGCAAAGGACUGACAAGUUGCCGCCGAAAGUGUUAUUUGUUUUACGAGCCGUGUCCUCAUGCUUUGGAUUCUGUAUGUCAAUCUUCCUUAUCACUGUCGGAUGGAUCAAUAAGCACAACUGUGAAGAGGAUAAACACAUUCCUUACUGGCUCAUCGUCACAGGAAUCGUUAUUUUCAUCAGUGCCCUCAAUUUCCCAUUCUACUUGAUUGGUUGGCGUCGUGCCCGUCAAGCCCUUGCUCCCGCGGCACCAACUGAAACCGACAUCAAAAAUGCAACCCCAUUCAAAAUGCACCGCAUCUCUCGCUUCACAUUCUGCUGCCUCUGCAUGUGCAUCCCAAUCGGUAUCAUCUGGACCCUCAACAUCUACCACGACCAUGACAACUGCGACAGUUUGACCUUCUGGACCGCUUUCUGUGUCAGUAUUCUCUAUCUUUGUUGGAUGGCUCUCAUGGUAUCCGUUUGUCUGUUGGGUUGCUGUAUGGUCGGAGCCACUCGAGUCGCUAAACAAGUCACUACGGCUAAGCAGAAGAAGCAACAAAGUGCAAAUGUGGAGACUGCUUGA